UUAAGGGGAGGGUAAGCAAUGAGUAUGUUUGUUUGCGUUGUUGGAAAUUAAAUGUAAUAUUUAUCUUUUGGAGUGUAUAGUGGAGAGAAUUGUGGAGUUGAAUUAAUUGUGUCAUUACGAUUUUUUAUUGAAGAUGAAUACGCAGGGAAGGUGUAAAAUUUAUUGACUGCUGCCAACAAGUUAACUGUCGUGAAGAAUCAUGUAACAGAAGAGGAGAUAACCUUCUUCCUUGGAGUGUAGAACAAGUGACUGCUGCUUCAUCGACUGAUGAAAGACAUAAAGAAGUUGCUCCUGAUGGAACAGUCUGGAUAGAAGCAGUGCCUAAUUCACAAGGGUUACAUCAUGUCAUCAGUAAGAAGAAUAUUGCAGAGGGAAUUAUUUCAGCCAAGUGAUGAACAGCUUGUGGCUGUAGUUCAUGUCAGUAAACCAAUGAAGAAGAAGAAAAUACACCUUUUAUGCAUCACAGUCUCGAAAGAAAAGCCAUUUUCUGUGGCCAUUCACCAGGUUAAAAAGACAGAUAAAAAUGCUUACAAGAAGAAAAGAACCUGGCUUCUUACAGAAAUGAAGUUGUUUGAUGGGAAAAAUGUAUCUGUUGAUACACAUGAAAUGGACAUCCACUUCGACAAAGUGUACAAGUGGGUUGCAGUGAAUGUACAGGAGAGACAAGAAUUCAUAAUGUCAUUAUAUGAAAACUAUACAAAAUACUUCCCAAAGCAACCGCUGCCCUUUCAGAACAUUCCAAGAGACUACAGUCGAGCUCAAAGCAUUCAAGUUCCAAGUGAAGUUAUAGUUACAUCAGGGGGUUAUGCAGAACCAGUGGAAGCAGAGGACUAUUUAGCACUUACAGAUCGUGAGGAAACUGAUUUGGAAGUGUUGAUAUCCCAGUGCCAAUUUGGAAUCAGUAAUGCUGAAGCAUUUACAGAUAUGUUAGCAAAAGACCUCUCUGUUCUGGAUGGUGAGAAUGUGCACAGUGUAUUAGCAUCAGAAAAACAAGUUGAACAACUUAUGGAACAAAUUGAGGCUGCAAUAACAGAAGCAGAACGUGUUGAAGCUAGAUUAAAUUCGUAUGAUGAGGUCCUUUGCCAUAUAAGAGACACAAUGGAAAAAAUGGAGGAAAAGAAUUUAUUAAUAGAAGUUGCAAACCGUAAUAAUCGCAAACUACUGUCAGAGCUGGAACAAGUGAUUAUUCAACUUGAUCUGCCUCAUAAACACCAGUCAUCUUUGGUGGAUGCUGACUUAACAAGUCCUCAGGGCCUGCAGAAUGCAAUAGCGGCAGGCAAGGCUCUGCUGGCAGCAAUGAAUGCAGAAAUUCAUCCGGCCCUUGUCCGCCUCGCUUCUGUUCAAGAACAGAGGAAGAGGUUUGAAAAAUGGAAAGCAAAAUUCUCACAGACAUUGUCAAGACAUUUCAACAAUCUUUUUAUACACCUGGGCAAUGAUAUUGGUCAAACACUGAGUUUUCAUGCAAAUGAAUUGUUAUUGCCAAAACACAAUUCAGUUCAUCGAGAGCUUGAAGUAUAUACAGAAUUAAUGCACUGGUGCAAAGCCAUGGACCGUAAAGCUUAUUUAGCUUUAAGCAAAGUUUAUACAAAUUCCCUUAGCAAAUUGUAUGAAAGAGAUAUUAAACAAUUUUUUGAAGAGGCAAAACAACAGAUAUCUGGAAUGAGGGAACGAAAAGGUAAGGGCAGUGGAUCGAAUCAAGACAUCACAGGGAAGUUGAAACAGCAAGCUCAAAGUUUUGGGCCAGGGAAAACAUCAGCCCCAGUUGGACUGCUUGGAAUGGAACGUGACCAGUGGUGUAUAGAGAUAGAUCAGGCUGAACGCCAGCGGUUUGAUGAAGUACUUGAGAAAGUUUUGGCACAGUUGGAACCUGUUUGUCUUGAAGAGCAAAAUUUUUGCGUCAGCUUCUUUCAGUUGGAUGUGUUGAGCCCAUCUACUAAGAACACCCAGACAACUUUGGAUGGUCUUGGACUGGAUACUAAAAAUGACAUGGAUAGUUCUCCUCAGGUCCCUGGCGCUUUGCCCCUGAAAAAGAUGGAAAAACAAAUAAAUGAAGAAGUUCGACGUAUGAUGGGAGACCUGUUUAACUGUCUUGAACCAGAACUUAUGAACUUCAUCUCAUAUUAUGAAAAAAUUGACAGCUUCUACUGUAUGUAUGUAUUGGUACGUCUAAGUCAGCAUGUAAUGUCAGCCCAAGACACUGGAUCCUUUCUUAGUAUGACUUUUGCAUCAGCUUUGGUUCAAGUGAAAAGAAGCUUUGAUCGUUUUAUGAUGGCGCAGUUGAAAUCUAUAGAGGAAGCACGUGUGAACCGUAAAAGCAAAUGUGGGAUUUUGCCAUAUAUAGAUAACUUUGAGGAAUUUGCUCAGACUGCAGAAACUAUUUUCAAGAGUACAGACAGACGUAAUGACUUAGACAAAUGGUAUCUGAAAAUAGUAUCGGCCAUGUUUGAAGCUAUUCCACGUAAUGCUGCAGAGCAUCACAAAACGCCACAAGAGGUUGUUAAAAUGGAAAAUUUUCAUCACCUGCAUGCUCUGCUGUCCCAGUUAAAAAUUGCUGUUUUAGAUGGGUUACGAAAAGAAGCAAAACAGAAGUAUAGUGAAGCUCUGAAAGCGUAUGUUACACAGUAUUUUGGAAGACCUUUGAUAAAAUUAAAUUUAUUUUUUGAUGGAGUUCAAGCUAAAGUCGCUCAAGGUGUUAAAGAAUCAGAGAUAAGUUAUCAGAUGGCUUACAGCAAACAAGAAUUGCGGAAAGUGAUAAAAGAAUACCCAGCACGAGAAGUAAAAAGGGGAAUAGAUAACCUGUAUCGCAAAGUGGAGAAACAUCUCUGUGAGCAAGAAAAUCUUUUGCAGGUUGUCUGGAGAGCCAUGCAAGAAGAAUUCAUACAGCAGUAUAAGUAUAUAGAAGAACUUAUUCAGCGGUGUUACCCUGGCUCCAUGAUUACACUUGAUUUCACGAUACAGAAUAUUCUUGAAUUUUUUUCAGAAAUAGCUAGGUCACAUUAGUAAAUGUUCCUUCCAAAAAUGAAAAUGUGGAAGCUGUUUGUUUAAAAAAAUCACAAAUAGAUACCUGUACUGUAAGAUCUUGGAAUGACCAAGAUAACACAGGUCUGCAAAAAAAUAUUUUUUGAAAGUUAGUUGAAAUUUGAUAACUGACUUUUAUGUACUUUUCAAUGCUGAUUUCAAAAAUGCAAUCCAUUUUUUUCUAUCAUGUCAAGUUUCCUCACAAAAAGGAAGUAUUUUUGGGCAUAAUAACAAAAUUUAAGCAAUUUAUCACAUUUUUCCAACAUUAUAAAACUUUAUUUUAUUUAUAAAUCAUGUUCUAAACUACGUUUCCAGUACACUUCCAUUUCUCUUGUGGCUAGCAUUGCUGUCUCUGGAUCACGGGGACCCGAGUUCGAUUCUCAGACGGGUUGGGGAUUUUCUCUGCCCGGGGACUGGGUGUUUGUGUUGUUCUCAUCAUUUCAUCAUCAUCAACAUUCGUAAGAGGGAUUCGAUUCGACUGAGUAAAAAUUGGACUGCGUAAAAAUUGGGACUUUGUACGGGCGCUGAUGACCGCGCAGUUGAGUGCCCCACAAACCAAUCUUUAUAUAUUGUUCACCAAACAGCAUUGAAAUCACAUUUAAAUCACCACAUAGUAUCCAUUUUUGGUCUGAAUAGCAUAGUUUGUUUAAAACCAGUUCAAGGUUGUCGUAACACUCUUUUAAGUGAACCGACUGUCCAACUGGUAUAGAAGCAUACUUAUUGCCAUUGUGUAGAAGUACUGCUUUAAGGAUUCUUUUUGAAGAAUCAGUAAAAGGUCUCCACUCAUCAGGAGCAUAUUCUAUUUUGAAACGUGCUGUAAGCCCAGGAUCAUCACUGCAAAACACCAGGUCACCUUCUUGAGAGAAGAAAGAUACAAACUCCUUUUCCCUUGAUCGACACCAAGAAAAGGAUGUACCCGGAGCCAACAUAUGUUUAUCUUUCAAUCUAGAUCCUAAAACCUCUGCUGAUUCUUUAGAAAGGCCUAAGUCUCUAACUAAAUCGUUCAAUUCAGAUUGUGAGAAUGGAAUGGAAUCAGUUGUGCCAGGAUUGUAGCAAUCUCUGUCUUCUUCACCAUCACCUUGCUGAGCCAAUGGCUUGUGUGAUCAUCUAUAUCAUCCAAAGAAUCUGGAGAAGAGGGUAUUGGUAGUUCAGGUCCAUGAGGAACAGGGCGAAUGGCUGAUUGAAUGUUAGGGUAGGAAAUAUCCUUUCUGUUUUUCAAAUUGAAACCUCGUAUGUUGCAAGAACAAAAAUAGCAGUCAUCACUAUGAUUUUUGAGCUCCCUCCAAACCAUUGGUAUUCCAAAAGUAAGGACUGCUUUUUACGUUGAAACCGUUGCCUCAGUUCUUGAACACACACUGAACAAAUUUUGUGUGGGGCCCAAGGCUUAUCUUCAUCACCUAACUUUAUGCCAGAAUAGGUGAAAUGUACAUUUACAACAAAAUUCAGAAAUGUUUCUUUGUUGCUUUUUAAUGGUAUAGUUACCACAAAUGUAGUAGAAGCAAUGUGGCAAGUUUAUACAUCCUCUGGUAGCCAUUGUCCACUGUGCAUAAAACAACUUCACAACACAAGAAAACAGUCACUACUUUAAAGCACUAGUAACAACAACAUGAGAACAGCACAGAGUGAAGAGGUACUGUGAACUGAAGGACAAUAGCAGAAGCUCACUGCUUGGUGAUUGUGGGGGAAGGGACAGCGCGACAGGCAGGCACUGACAUGAAAAUACUGCUGGCUUCUCCUAAUUACUCCUUAUUUUACGUAUAUCUAGUAUAAAAAUGGCUAAUUAACAGUUUAUGAAGAUCUUAAAAACCAAAAUUCAAACUCACUAGAGUGCUUGGGGGGGGGAAGCUAAAACUAGACAAGCAAUUUGUGGAAUAGCUGUAAGUGAUGGAAUUUUUUCACUAUUUUUCCCGAAAUCAAUGUUGAAAACACUAUAAAAAUCACUUAAUAAAUUGGAAACAAUUUUUAUGUCGCAGACCUGUGUAAUUAUUUCCUUACAAAGAAUUUUUUUUUAAUAUAAGCAAACCAUAGGUGUCCCUUAAUGGUAAAAAUUAUGUUUAUGUCCAAAACUGUGAAUAACUGUGGGUUACUUUCAUUGUAACAGUCAUUGCAGAACACCCACACAUUAUGGUAAUCUUGAUUAGAUUAUUAUCUCUGUAUAUAAAUGUAAUUGUCAUAAAAAAAAUCAAAAGUUGAAAUGUCGUGCUUGUAAGACAUGAAAAUAAAUUUCAUAGUUUAAUAACUUUGUAAA